ACGGGAAAAACCUGAGGGAUCCUUAGAAUUAGAACCUGUAAACGCUAACUGUUAGUUGUCAGUUUUGGGCAUGUAAGUAUGGUUAGGUACCUAAGGAUUUAAUCUAAGGUCUUAAAACACCGAGCUGGAAGUAGAAUGAAAUUAAGUGUUCGUGAAGAUUAGUAUAGUACUAGGGUUACCCCACUAGAGAUAGUACGAUCCCCCGCAUUCUCUCUCGAAAUAGUGAACUGGUGACAUCGGAGUGUCGUAUAAAUAAGCCCAAGAACAAAACGGCCACAUCGAUACAACAUUAGCAAUAACAAGCCGAGUAACACGUAUCACGAUGGAAUUGCCGCUUACAAUGAAUGCUGUCGUGUUCGACGGCCCGUACAAGGUUUCGCUUCAGCAACGGCCGGUGCCCAAGAUACAAGACGAUGGAGACAUUAUAGUCAAAGUUGAUGCGACGGCUCUUUGUGGAUCUGAGCUUCAUACGUUCAGAGGCCACCAACCCUCGAACACAGGAUUUAUUAUGGGCCACGAGUUCGCUGGCACGGUUGUGGCAGCGGGUAACGAUGUUAAAUCUGUCAAGAUUGGGGAUAAGGUGGUAUCUCCUUUCACGGUGUCCUGCAUGAACUGCUUUUACUGCAAAAAUGGGUAUUCGUCUCGGUGUGACCAUAGCUUAUUGUUUGGCUCGGAAAAGCUGGAUGGCGCUCAAGCGGAUUAUGUGCGCGUACCCCUUGCAGACGGUACAGUCAUGAAGGCGCCACCUGAGAUCGACGACAAUGCGUUGGUGCUCAUGGCAGACAUAUUUCCGACAGGCUUCUUCGGCGCCAGGAAUGCAUUCAAUGGCCUCGGUUCUCAAGAUCCGUCCGAAGCCACAGUGGUGGUUAUCGGUUGCGGACCGGUAGGACUGUGUGCCAUAGUCUCAGCGUUAGAGUACAGGCCAAAACAUCUCUUCGCCAUCGAUAGCAUCGAUAGCCGUCUUGAACUCGCAAAGGGCUUGGGUGCGGAGCCCCUUAACUUCGCGAAGGACAGGUCGGCUAUGAUUGCUCGAAUCAAAGAAGUCACAGAUGGCCGAGGAGCAGAUGCAGUUAUUGAAGUAGUUGGUUUAAGUCCCGCCCUGAAGACGGCGUUUGAUAUCCUGAGACCUUUCGGUUUCAUAAGCAGUAUAGGCGUCCACAAUGCCGAGAUCCCAUUUAGUGGUACUGAAGGGUAUAACAAAAACGUGAGGUUACAAAUGGGAAGAUGUCCAGUCCGCUCGAUAUUUGCCGAUGCACUCGGCGUCCUCGCAAGAAACCAACAUAAGUUUGGGUUCAUGUUCGAGAAAAUUAUGCCCCUUUCCAUGGCCGUAUCCGGAUACGAUCUGUUUGAUAAGAUGCAAGUGCAAAAGGUAAUUUUCAAGCCGUGACUGAAGAACGGCUUGGAAUCAUUGCGCCCCC